UUCAAAAUUAUUUUAUGACUACUCAUAAUUAAAUAAUUUAAGUUGUAAUACCUAAAAUUAUAUACGUAUCUACAGUUACUAUAAUGGAUAGGCCCAAUCAAAAGAAAUACUCCAGUAUUUUUUCGGACAAUCUAGAUAAGGAUCUUCUUAGAUGUACCUGUCCAUUAGAAUAUGUUAGCUAUCCACAGUCGCAAAAGGUAGAUCCAAAAAUUGAAUGCUGCCAGUUUGGAAGAGAUUGCCAAUUUGUUUCGGUUCCGAUGGCAAACCUAAGUGACGAGGCUAAAUGUACCUGUUUCCCAAGUAUGUGUAUCUGUAGCCCAGAGGCUGAAGUCACACUUAUUCCUGACUGUGAUCCAGUCAAGUGUAUCUGUGGCCAAUCAGACACCACAGACCUACGUUUACUUCCAACAGAUUUUAGAAAUGCUCUUAAAAGGGAACAAAUAAUCACUGAUGAAAGAAUGAAAAAAGUAAGUGGUGAAAUCAAACAGCUCUUGAUAGAACAUGAGGAUGGUAAAAAGAAGAUGCCCGAUGAGUCAACUGAUACUGCUACAGAAAAAUCAAAUAAGAAACAGGUAACACAAAAGGUUUCUAUCCAGGAACAUGUCCAAGCUACUCCUAGUGAAAAUAAAGAAGACAAAAAGGAUGCACCAGCACCCAAAGAAGAAAUAAGGUCUCCUAUGUUAAGCAUAAAAAGUACACAGAAGAAACCUAAGGUGUCUUUAACCUCUACAAGAAUGAAGAAAAACAACUACAAAAGGGAAAGACAACUAAGACAGCAAGUAAAGUCAGAAGCAACUCAAUCAAAGUCAGCAACAAUGAGUCAGACAACUCAAUACAGUUGUGGCUGUAGGAUGCCAAAGAAAAAACCUCUUCAUGUCAAGUACUAUUUCUCAGGAGGAACUGAGAAUUACGGAGUAAGACUCGGACACAAACACUGCAUGCCGAGUCUAGGACUGGUACCCAAGAACAUGGGUUGGUUAUGGAAUAUCCAAGACACAUCUAAAGGAAUGAGGGAGAGAAAAGGUGGGCCUCCAGGCUUUAUUGGGAAAAACAUAAAGAAUAUGAUUAAGGUAUUGAAACAGUUUGACGACGUAGUGGAGCCGAUACGAGUCGGGUUAGGAACCCCAAAAAGAGAAAAGGUGAUAUUGAAAAAAGAGGAGUCAAAAGAGGAGCCACCGCUACUACAUAUACAAAAGAGGGGACGCACUUACAACAUCACAUUUUGUCCCAAGAGUAGUGAUACAGAUAUAGGACCUAUCCCUAUACCCUUCACAAUCACAGAGAAACAACGAGACAGCGACUCAUCCUCUUCCGACUCAACAUUGGAAUUUGAAUUUCAUUCACCAAAACCCAAACUGCCUCAAAAACAGAUAGCUCAAGACCAGGACCAGAACGAAAUUGUGUUAGAAGAGCCUAAACCUUCGGCGCCAUCUUCCAAUAUUAGCAAAUCAAACAAAAAGAAAUCUAAUAAGAAAACAUCACCAAAAAGCACAGAGGAAAACAAAGUUCUUUGGGAGGACCAACAGACACAAAUUGAAAAUAUAGCUUAAACAAGUUGCAUUGUGUAUUACA